GUCACGUUGAUUUUGUGGAUGAGGUUACUGCUGCACUUCGACUUUCUGAUGGUGCAGUGAUUGUAGUAGACGCGAUAGAAGGGGUCAUGGCUAAUAGUGAACGCGUUAUACGACACGUUAUACAAGAAAAUUUGGCGUUCACAUUGGUAGUAAAUAAAGUAGAUAGAUUGAUUUUGGAACUGAAAUUACCACCAAAUGAUGCUUAUUAUAAGUUAAAACAUACCAUUGAAGAAGUAAAUUCUAUCAUCAGUCAACACGCACAAGGUCGCGAUCUUCGCGUGUCUCCUGAACGCGGAAAUGUUUGUUUCGCGUCCAGUCAGAUGGGUUGGUGUUUCUCCUUAAAAUCGUUUGCGAAAAUAUAUGCAGACACGUACGGUGACAUAAACGCCGAUGAUUUUGCAAAACGUUUGUGGGGUGAUAUUCAUUAUAAUCCCACAAAGAGAACUUUUAGUAGAAAAGGCAUGGAAACUAAGAGUCAAC